AUGUCAUUAUGGCCAUUUGGAGAGACGUUGAGUCAUUCGGGAAUUGAUUCGAUACUUGAAGAGUACUAUCUAAUUUUUCGUAGUUUGAAGAAAAAUGAGACAUCUUCAACCGAUGAUAACAAGAAUACGCCUUCUACGGAGUCACAGUCCGAAUUUGGUACCGAAUCUCGGGAUAUAAGCGACCUUAACCAGUCAUUUAUUGAUAGGAUCUUGUUAGAAACGGCUUUGCUGGAUGAACUGAAUGGAGGAACCAACGACAGACUCGUUGACUUCAUUUGCUUGGGAUAUUUCUAUGACGACCGUGCCCAGCAGGUCCGCCACAUGGACUAUUUAGUGGACAUGUUGAUGGUUUACUUAAAGGACAUAGAUCGCACUGGUUAUAGGGCCCCAUUCCUUCUAGAAAAUUCAUUCCACCAAACAGGAGAAUAUGAAGAUCAGGAUGAUGAAGAUCCGAUGCUAUAUGUUAACAUUAUUUCUAGUAUUUUUUGCUCGAAAAGUGCGCCCAUAGUGAAGUCACUCGUGCAGAAUAUACCAUUUUUAUCUUCUUUGUUAGAGAUUUUCCAGUUUGAGAAUAUCGAGGCAGAAAAUUGUCCCAUCUUGGCUGUGUUCCUUAAGAUCAAUGAAACUCUUCUAUUUGAACAGACAUCUAGUUAUUUGGAAUUUUUCAAAUCGCAACCGGACAUUGUGAACAAGUUCUUAAAUCAUAUCGAAGUUUCGCCCUUGGUCGAAUUUCUCAUUAAGAUCAUGCUGACAGACCAAGUUGAAUCGCCUACGGGCAUUAUUGACUUCUUGUAUCAUCAAGAUCUAAUACCUAAGUGUUUGAAUCUCUUGGACAAUAGCAAAUACUCGCCUGGUAUUCAAAACAGUAGCGGAGAGCUUCUGAAAGCUUUGAUCAGCAUUUCCUCCAAUUUCAAACUGGAUGCCUUAUGGAUUGGGCCUAACCGAUUGAUAAGACAGCUUGCCUCCCCACAAUAUGUCGAUCAACUUAUUGAUAUUAUCUUACUCCAAAGAGGCCAUGCAAUGGGCGUCGCCGUGUCCGUUAUAAUUGAGUUGAUCAGAAAGAACAAUUCCGACUACGACGAAGUAGAUUUGUUAAGUACUACCAUAGUAAACAAUCCACCUUCACAGAGAGACCCAAUUUAUUUGGGCCAUUUGUUAUAUAAGCUUACGAUGCAUAUGGAAAAAUUUUAUGCGCUACUAAUUAAACUUGAAAACGAUGAUGACGAUGAUGAUGAUGACGCUGAUGCAAAAGGUCUUGCAUAUGUUAAGCAUCAUCUAUUAGAAAAUCAAUUACACGAAUCAUUUAGACCUUUGGGCUUUGAGAGGGUCAAAAUUACAGAAUUAAUAUCUGAAAUGUUACACUGUUCAAACAUGGGAUUGAUGAAUUCAAAAAGAGCUGAUAAAAUAGCACGCACAAGAGAUAAAUGCAGGGAGGCUCUUGGUCAAAACUUACUAGAAGAAGCCAUGAAAAAUUUAAAUAUAAAUGAUAAUACUAUUUCUUCGGAUACAUUAGAUGAUAAAUGUAAUAAUAAUGAUAGUAAUGACAGUAAUGACAAUCAAACAAAAAAACAAAACACUAAAAAAAAACUUGACGAUAAUGCAUUGUAUUCUACCUUUGAUAUACCUGAUGACGAUAUCGAUGAUGAUGAUAUGAGUUUUGAAAUUCCUUACGUCAGUGAAACGCAAAAUAUGAAAUUACGUAAAAAUCCUACCAUUGGAGACUUAUUUAAAAUCAAACUUCAUGAUCUUGGAUUUCUGCCAAAAUUUCUACAAUUAUUCUUAAGGUACCCUUGGAAUAACUUUUGGCAUAAUAUUGUAUUUGAUAUUAUUCAACAAAUAUUUAAUGGCCGAAUGGAUUUCUCUUAUAACUCAUUUUUGGUCUAUUCUUUGUUUGAUUUCAAAAAGUCUAGAAGAUUUGUCCCAAAGAAUUUGCACGGCAGCAAUCAAAAGUUAUCUGUUAGAGGUUUUCAUAUUAUUUCUGAUUUCAUUUUACAAGGUCACAAGGAUUCGUUUGAAUUUUACGAAAGAGAAAAAACAAAUUUGGGCUAUAUGGGUCAAUUAGUAUUAAUUGCAGAAGAAGUUUCCAAGUAUUCUAAAACCUAUAAGACGGAUUUAAUUGCUCCAGAUAUAUAUGCGUUCUUACAAGAUGAAGUUUGGAUGUCAUAUUCAAGUGACAUCUUGAACGAAACAAGGACAAUGUGUUCAAUAAUUCUCGGAGGAGGCCAGUUCUGUGCUGAUGGCAAUGGGAAUGCCAAUCAAGAGUUUUCGGAAGAUGAGGGUAUGAGUAGAACAACUCAUUCAUCCACAAUAGACGGGAAUGAGAUUGCUCACAAGGAAGAUGUUAGGCUACAAGAUAAAGUCGCCGAGCUCAUAGAUGAAUUGGGCCAAUUGACCGAAUUAGAUAUUCAUGAUAAAAUAAAAGAUGUAAUUGUCGAUCAUGAUUCCGAUAUAAUUGACUAG